CCACCGUGAGAUACACAGAGAGCUGCAAGAGUUGCAGUAAUGGAAUCGGAAGAGCAGAAGCAGUUGGAGACGGGGAAAGCAGAGAGAUCGGUCUGGCUGAUGAAAUGCCCGCUGGUGGUAUCCAAGUCAUGGCAAGCCCAUUCCUCCGACUCUAACCCCGUCGCCAAGGUCGUCCUUUCUGUGGAUCCUCUCCGCUCAGACGGUCCUUCUUCCCUCCAGUUCACAAUGGAAUUGGCUGGGAUUGAGUCUGCAAAUAUGCCAAAGAACUACUCCCUGAAUAUGUUUAAAGACUUUGUCCCAAUGUCUGUUUUUUCAGAGACAAAUCAAGGAAAGGUUGCAGUCGAAGGAAAAGUGGAACAUAAAUUUGACAUGAAGCCCCAUAAUGACAAUAUUGAGGAGUAUGGAAAAUUGUGUCGUGAAAGGACAAACAAAUCCAUGAUUAAAACUAGACAAAUACAGGUGAUUGACAAUGACCGAGGAGUACUUAUGAGGCCAAUGCCUGGAAUGGUUGGGUUGCCCAAUUCUAAGGAUAAGAAGAAGGCAACACCUGUGAAAGGACCAGAAAUGAAAAGAACAAGAAGAGAUCGUGGGGAACUGGAAGACAUCAUGUUCAAGCUCUUUGAGAGGCAACCAAAUUGGGCAUUAAAGCAGCUGGUCCAAGAAACUGACCAACCCGCGCAAUUCUUGAAAGAGAUAUUGAACGAGCUGUGUGUGUACAAUAAGAGAGGAACAAAUCAAGGAACGUAUGAGCUCAAGCCGGAAUAUAAAAAAUCCGCUUCGGAUGUUGAUGCUGAAUAAAGUAUUCCUUUGGGUAAACUCACUGAUCGUGCAAGCUAGCAUGACUUACUGUUUCUAGGAGAGCUUCACCUUAGGGGUGACUCUACAUCCUCUAAGAUCUGUAAUGUAAUAAUAACCCAACUGAGGCAAAGGAAUAGUUUAGAUGUAAAAUAGAAAAUAAGAAAGGCAUAC